AUGUCGAACGACGAGAACAACAACCGACCUGCCUCGCCUCCACAACACCAACGCCGCUCCUCCUUCGCUGGCGAGACCUUUGCAAACCUGUUUGGCGGCCACCGUGGCAGCGUGUCGCGAUCGGCCAGCACAAGAGAUCCGAACACGAGCAACAAUGGUGACUCUCAGCAGCACCCUACCAAUUCAUACCCAGGCCCGAUCACGAGCGCAGCUGCUCAAGCACAACGCCGACGGCUGUCUCUCACAACACUAGGUCUUUCUGGCUCUCCCAACUCGACCUCACCCUUCGGCUCGUACAACAGCCGCCGAGAUAGCUACGGCACUGCCGGCAGUGACAGCAUCGACGAGUCAGCAAUUGAGGACGAGCCAGCUGGGCCCAAUCCAACUCCUCAGACACCCUUUGCUCGACGGAUGAGCUUUGGUGCAAAGGCACUGCAGAGCGUGCGAACCAGCGGUGGAACCACUCCGCCUGGCAAUGGACAGAACGGUUCAUCUGAAGGCUUCGACUGGUCUGAGAACUUCCGCACUCGUGCUCAACGUGGCUCCAUAGGGGGAGGUAUGGGCAGCUUCAGCGGCGGUUCUGUCGGUGGCCAAGCCGGAUCUCCACGUGCAGCACAUGGCCGAUCAGCCAGUGUCGCUGUCAUGGAACCACCAGCCCGCGAAAUGCCCAAGCCUAAGGAGCAGGUACGACCGGACCACUUCCAGGAGCGUAUCUUGAAGGGCGACUUCUACAUGGACUGA